AUGCCGGCCAUUGAAGAAGAGAUCUCCACCCUUGUGAUCCCUCAGCUUAUGCUGAAGUAUAUGGAAUGGAAUACCUUGUUGCCUUGGGCGCUGGCGGAACAAGCCUUGUCUCUGUGGGCAGAGGCCAGCCAUCCUGGCGGCGUGCAGGCCGCCGCCCUCCGCGCCAGGGGAGGCGAUGGUGAGGCACGCAAGCGCUCUGCCCCGCCGCACCGACCUCUAUGUUUCUACCAGAACCCGGAAGCGGCAGCGUGCGCGAUGGCGGCAGAGGGAACGGCAGCAGUGCAGCAGCAGCUGGAGGACGGCAGCAGCGAGCUAGAGGGCGGCUUCGGACACCUCGUAGAAGAGAAGGAGGUUGGGGACGACACCGGCUACGUACCCUACAGGGACAGAGAGGAAUGGGCAGAUAUUAAACCUGUCCCUCAAAAUGAUGGCCCAAAUCCUGUCGUUCAGAUCAUCUACAAUGAAAAAUUUCAAGAUGUCUAUGAUUACUUCCGGGCUGUUCUGCAGCGGGAUGAGAGAAGCGAAAGAGCUUUCAAACUAACAAUAGAUGCUAUCGCGUUAAAUGCUGCAAACUACACAGUAUGGCAUUUUCGGAGAGUUCUAUUGCAGUCUUUGGGAAAGGAUCUCCAUGAGGAACUUAAGUAUAUUACAGCUAUCAUCGAAGAUCAGCCAAAGAACUACCAAGUCUGGCAUCACAGACGGGUGUUGGUGGAGUGGCUGCAAGAUCCAUCCCAAGAGCUUGAGUUCAUUGCGGAUAUUCUUAACCAAGAUGCCAAAAAUUACCAUGCGUGGCAACACAGACAAUGGGUUAUUCAGGAGUUCAAAUUAUGGGACAAUGAACUGGAGUAUGUAGACCAGCUUUUGAGAGAAGAUGUGAGAAACAACUCUGUUUGGAACCAACGACACUUUGUAAUUUUCAACACCACUGGCUAUGAUGAUCCAGCAAUCCUAGACAGAGAAGUCCAAUACACUCUUGAGAUAAUCACAGCAGUGCCACAUAAUGAAAGUGCUUGGAACUAUUUAAAAGGGAUUCUGCAGGACUAUGGUCUUUCUAAGUAUCCAAAGCUGUUAGAGCAACUGUUAAAUUUACAGCCUAGCCACAGUUCACCCUACCUGAUUGCUUUUCUUGUGGACAUAUAUGAAGAUAUGCUCGAAAACCAGUGUGAUAACAAGGAAGAAACACUGAACAAGGCAUUGGAGUUGUGUGAAAUUCUUGCUAAUGAAAAAGACACCAUCCGAAAGAAAUACUGGAGAUACGUUGGGAGGUCGCUUAAGAACAAACACAGCUCAAGCACAGAACAGAGCUCACUGGCCGACCACCAGCAGUAACUGAACAUGGAACAAAACACUGUUAAGCUCUGAAGGUAUUCUGAAGCAGUACUAAGUAGGAUCAUCAACUAGUUUAAAAUCCGGUGUUGUCCUCCCAUGGUGAAGAGGUAUUGCAAUGAAAGAAGAGUGUGCAGUACUACCUAACCUUGGGUCAUUUCUGCUACUGGUGUUAGCUCUAGGUGCAAUCAAGAAAUGUGUUAAACCUAAAUUACAGAAAUGUGAUAAAGGGUUUCUUUUAAAAUAAUACAGAAAUUUUUGAGGCCCUAAACUGAUUUCUCAUGCUGUAGCUUAGCUACUUGAAGUUUUUAACAGUCACAUCUGUAGUAAUGACUGCAGGUAUAGAAUCAUAAGAGGUUUUGGUUGUGAGACAUUUAAACUAAGCAAGUCCAACUGGUAACCCAUCACUGCCAAGUCACCACUAAACCAUGUCCCUAAGCACUGCAUCUACAUGUCUUUUAAAUCCCUGCAGGGAUGGGGACUACACCGCUUCCCUGAGAAGCCUCUUCCCGUGUUUUACUGUGUCUGUGAAGACUUUUUUGCUAAUAUGCAACUUAAACAUCGUCACACACAACCUUCCUCUUGUCCUAUAGCUUGUUACUUGAGAGAGGAGACUAACCCUCACAACCUCCUUUCAGGUAGUUGUAGAGUGCAAUAAGGUCUCUCCUUAGCCUUCUUCAGGCUAAAACAAACCUCCAUUCCCUCAGCCACUCCUCAGAAGACUUGUGCUCUAGACCCUGUCGGCAGCUUCAAUGCCCUUUGGACAUGCUCCAGCAGCUCAGUGUCUGUCUUGUGGAUACAAAGUAACCUCUGUAUAAGUGCAAGCAGGUUUAAUAGUUGUUUGUAGGAGAGCAGCUAUGUGAUGCUGACAGCAGGAGCUCUUGUAUGCAACUAAUACCAAGUGUCAUUUUAUAAUUAAAAAAGUCUGACUGAAUCUUUUUAGUACACUUGAUGCAGCGGAGCCUUGAAUUCUCAUCUGCACAGCCAGGAAAAAUGUUUUGAAGGUCUAUGUAGGGUUUUUGGGUUUGUUGGUGUUUUAGGUUUGUUUUUUGUCGGCCUACCGACAAAACCGUUUGGUUUUAUGUUUUUUUUUUUGUGGUAGUGGUGUUUUUGUGUUUUAUUUGUUCGGGUUUUUUAAUUAUUUAUACAAAUAAAAAUCUAAAAUGUUUUGGGUUUAUUUCAUCUUCACACUCUGUAAUCAGACCAAACUGGAGUCAUAGGUCAGAAGAGAUAAGCUGGUUAUGGUACGUAUCUUCAUUGAACUGGCAGGAAAUGAAUGAUUUUAUUGAAGACUUAUUUGCAUUUAAUGUCUUAACCUUAUUGCUCCUCUAGGCUUUUAAUAUCUUCCAUGCAUGUAUUCAGCCAAGAAAUAUUUUUCCUCCGCUUUGUGAAAGAUUGAAGGCAUCUGGAGCAUAGAACUGCGAAGAGUGUGUAUACCUGUACAAGUAAACGGCUGUAUCUGCCCUGUUACCAGUAAAUGGCUGUUUCAAACUGUGUUCUUACCAUAGAGUGCUUGUCUAAUAAAUAUUUUCUUCCACAUGACCCCACAUCCAGGAUGAGGAAGUGUUUUACAGGUUCCUGGGGUAAGGUCUCAGA